UUUUUUUGGAAUAAAACUAAAAUUCUGAAUUUUUAUUCGUAAUUUUUAUUUUUAGUACCAAGUUAAUAGUAAUUAAUAUUUAUUUAGUUCACGAAUAAAUAAAUAAUUUAAAUUUUUAAUGUUUUGUCUUAUAUUAUAUUUUAUAUAAAAUUUAAAUUAGUUUUUAUAUUUAAAUUAACUGAAGAUGAUUUAAUGACCUUAGUAAUACAAUACUUUUUAAAAAUAGGACUAGAAAAAUGAUCCGUAAAAGGGUAGAUCGUAAAUGAAAAAUAAAACAAUUUUAAAAUUGUUUAUCUCCAAUUAAAUUAAUGUAUUUUUUAAAUUAUGUACAGAUUGUACAUUGUUUUAUUUUAUUUGUUCAAUUUUGUCAUAUGCCAACAUGACCACGGUCAUUCUAAAAGUUUGUAUGACAAAUGUGAGUAUAAAAAUCUAUAAUUUGUACCUACUAUUUGUUCAAAAUUUAUUUUCAAUUUCCUUAAAAAUAAAAAUGUAAAAUUUAUGAUACACAUUUCAUUAAGGAGAAUUGAAAGUAGUGAUUUAUGUUGAAAUACCUAACUAAUUAAUGUAUAUAUAUAUGUAUUUAGUAUCCAACCAAAUGAUUAACAAAAUUAAUAAAGCUAAAAAAGAAUAUACUCCUUGUGAAACAAAAAAUGGAACAUGUUUCUUUUCAAAUAUUCUAGAUGAUCUAGAAACAUUCAAUAGUGGUAUUACUCAUGAAAUGAUAAUUGCAGCAGCUGACAAGUAAUAUACCCUACAUUUGUUUCUCCUGUUCAAUUAUUGUUUUUAUUAUUAUAUGUAGAGGAACUCGAUAUAUGAUUUUCAACCAUGACUUAUAUAGAGAAACAAAAUGUAUGUUUCCUGCACGAUGUGAAGGUAUUGAAUAUUUUUUAAGUAAAAUUCAAUUAAAUACUCCAGAUGUAGAGUUUAUUGUAAAUACAAGAGAUUGGCCUCAAAUUAUAAAACAUUAUGGUGAUCCUAAACCGGUUUUUUCUUUUAGUAAGGUGAGAUUUGUUUUGUAGUUCAGAGUUUAAAAUAUGUUUUUAAUUUAAGAUUGCCUACUUGGUAAACUGUUAAACUGUUAAAUCUAUUACUCCGUGUUCUAGACAAAUGAUUAUGCUGAUAUUAUGUAUCCUGCAUGGUCUUUUUGGAGUGGUGGACCAGCAAUCAAACUUCAUCCAUCAGGACUUGGUAGAUGGGACUCAAUAAGAAAAUCAAUUUUGAAACAAACUGAACAAUGGCCGUGGAAAGAAAAAAUCACUAAAGGUUUUUUUCGAGGUUCUAGAACUAGUGAACAACGAGAUUCACUCAUUCUUUUAUCGAGAAAUGAACCACAUCUUGUGGAUGCCGCUUAUACAAAAAAUCAAGCAUGGAAAUCUGAUAAGGUACCAUAUUCUGUAAAUAAAGACAAUCUUAGUAUACUAUAAUCAAUAAAAUUUAUUAUAGGACACACUUUAUGCUCCACCAGCAGACGAAAUAUCAUUAGAGGACCAUUGCCAAUAUAAAUACUUAUUUAAUUUUCGAGGUGUUGCAGCUAGUUUUCGUUUCAAACAUCUUUUCUUAUGUAAAAGUUUAGUUUUUCAUGUUGGAGAAGAUUGGAAAGAGUUUUUCUAUCAAUUUAUGAAACCAUGGUAUCAUUAUGUACCAAUAAAUCCAAAUGCAUCCGAAAAAGAUAUUAAGUAAUUUAGUUUAUAAUACAAAUAUAAAAUUUAAAUACAAUAGACAAAAACUUAUAUUAGUCUUAUUAUAGAAAUAUUUUAAUAUUCUUCAAAGAACACGAUGAUUUAGCCAAAGAAAUUGCAGAGCAAGGGUAUCGUUUUAUCAGAACCCAUUUGAGAAUGAAAGACGUAACAUGGUAUUGGGAAUCAUUGCUACACGAAUAUGCCAAACUAUUGAAAUACAAACCGAAAUUAGACAAUCAACUUAACUUAAUAAAUAGGUGAUCCUCUACAGGGUAAAUAAAUAAGUAUUUUGUAAAAAUGAACAAUAUGAUUUAGGAAUUUAUGAAGACUGUAAUUUAUCACAAUUUUAAAAAUCGCAAACAAAGUAUUAUUAUUAUUAACUCUAACAUUGUGCAUACUAUUUCGUCAUAAAAAGAAAAAAGUUUGUUUUUACUGUUCAAUAUUUUGUAUUUAUUAUGGAUUAAAUUGUUAUAAAGAAUUAAACUAUGAAUAUAUUGAAACACUAAAACUACAGCAAUUAAAAUAUUACAAUUAUUAUGCUCAAAUUUGUUUUUUUAAUUUUUUCA